UGUACUAGUAGUUAAUGAUAAACGAGUCAAACUAAAUCUCAUUUAAAUAUUACCCUAAUAAUUAUAUUUUCACUUUCCUUUCGAACCCCGCCAUCCUUUUCUCCCUCCUCUUCAUGAAAUUCUACCGCCAUUGCCCCAAUCACAUCUGCCUCAGAGCCCUCUCAAUCAAACCCUAAUUUCACACCUCAAAUAUCCAAUCACGAUAUUAUCGCGAGCAAAUAUGUCAAGGGGCACAAUUCCCAUCCUCAGGCAGGUCCUCUCCGGCUCCCGAUCCGCAGCCGCGACCCGAUCCGUGACGUACAUGCCCCGUCCAGGCGACGGCAACCCCCGCCCCGUGACCCUGAUAGCCGGAGACGGCGUGGGACCGCUCGUCACCGGCGCGGUGGAGCAGGUGAUGGAGGCGAUGCAUGCGCCGGUGUACUUCGAGAAAUACGACGUCCAUGGCGAUAUGAAGAGUGUGCCGGCUGAGGUGAUCGAGUCGAUUAAGAAGAACAAGGUCUGCCUCAAGGGGGGUUUGAAGACGCCUGUUGGCGGUGGGGUGAGCUCGCUGAACAUGAUGUUGAGGAAAGAGCUCGAUCUUUAUGCGUCCCUCGUGCACUGUUUCAAUCUGAAGGGGCUUCCCACUCGGCACGACAACGUGGAUAUCGUUGUGAUUCGAGAGAAUACAGAGGGAGAGUACUCGGGCCUCGAGCAUGAGGUUGUUCCUGGAGUUGUUGAAAGCCUGAAGGUCAUAACAAAGUUCUGUUCUGAACGGAUUGCAAAGUAUGCCUUCGAGUAUGCCUAUCUGAACAACAGGAAGAAGGUCACUGCUGUGCAUAAAGCAAAUAUCAUGAAGCUUGCAGAUGGUUUAUUUUUGGAGUCAUGUCGUGAAGUUGCUAGCAAGUAUCCUAGUAUCCAAUACAACGAGAUGAUUGUGGAUAACUGUUCCAUGCAGCUUGUUUCUAAACCAGAGCAAUUUGAUGUGAUGGUGACUCCUAAUCUCUAUGGCAAUUUGGUUGCAAAUACAGCUGCUGGCAUUGCUGGUGGUACUGGAGUCAUGCCCGGGGGAAAUGUGGGGGCAGAUCAUGCUAUUUUCGAGCAAGGAGCUUCUGCUGGUAAUGUAGGGAAUGAAAAAUUGCUGGAGCAAAAGAAGGCAAAUCCGGUAGCUCUGCUCCUUUCAUCAGCUAUGAUGCUAAGACACUUGCAAUUUCCUUCAUUCGCGGAUCGACUAGAAACUUCUGUGAAGCGCGUUAUUGCAGAAGGUAAAUACCGGACAAAGGAUCUCGGUGGAGAUAGUACCACACAAGAAGUUGUUGAUGCUGUUAUUUCAAAUCUUGACUGAAAUUUUGUGCAAUCAACUUACCUGCUGGGCUAUUUUCAUUUAGUGGCUUGUGAUGAUAUUUUUUAGUCUUUUUCUAGUUUGCUUCCCUACACUAUUUUUGUGCUGCCUUUUCCUGAGCACUAUAUUCAGAGUAAAAAAUAAUGAUUUUUGAGUCCCUUGUUCAUGACAGAACAAUAAGAACCAUGGAAACUUUAUUAUGUUUAUGGCAAAUGAUCUGCAAAGAAGAUUUAUGGUUGUAAGUGUAACCUGUAAUAUAUUAAUGCUGAUUUUUUUUUUUUU